GGCUUGUGUUUAAAUAGGGACCAUGUUAAUACAUAACAACGCAAAAAGCCAAACGCGGAAGCUCCUUCCCGGCCACCGUCGUCGGCUUCAAUGUUGACCGGUUAGCUUUCAUGACUUUCCUUCCUGUUGCCGCAGCACCGCCGGUUGUCUUUUCGGUGCCCUCUCAUCAUCCCUCGUCUUGUUUUCACCCGUCAACAUGUCGGAGUACAACGAGGCGCCGUCGCCCGGAUCCGGGGACCCUCUGUGCGGACAAGCGACUCUCGGGAACGGAGCAGGUGGCGCCAAGAAAGAUGCGUUCGCGGACGCGGUGCAGAGGGCCCGGCAGAUUGCAGCUAAAAUCGGGGGCGACGCAGGCCCCCCCAUGAACAACAACAGCAACAACACCACCGCAUCAGAUGUCUUUGCAUUCACUGCACAGAAACGACAGCUGGAGGAUGCAGACGAACCAGAGAGCAAGAAGCUGGCUGCAGAGAGCGACUUGGACUCUGCUAAUGCGUUGUCGAUUGGUGCGCAGCUCGCUGCUCUUGCGCAACAAAGGCCCGCCUCAAGCACAGAGGAGUUCAGUGUACCAGACAGCAUGGUGGGGCUGAUUAUUGGCCGUGGAGGUGAACAGAUCAACAAGAUUCAACAAGAGUCCGGUUGCAAGGUUCAGAUAGCGCCAGAUAGCGGAGGCCUUCCAGAUAGGUGCGUCUCUCUCACAGGUUCCCAAGACUCCAUACAGAAUGCCAAGAGGCUGUUGGAUGAGAUCGUGUCCCGAGGGAGGGGAACACCCCCUUCCUCUUUUCACGAGUCCACCAACGGUCAGAACGGCUCGGUGCAUGAGAUGAUGAUCCCCGCUGGCAAGGCUGGCCUCGUCAUUGGCAAGGGAGGAGAGACCAUUAAGCAGCUGCAGGAGCGUGCGGGCGUGAAGAUGAUCCUGAUCCAGGAUGCCUCUCAGGGACCCAACGUAGACAAGCCGCUGCGCAUCAUCGGGGAUCCUUACAAAGUCCAGCAAGCCCAGGAGAUGGUGCAGGAGAUUCUGAGGGAGCGAGACCACGGGGGCUUCAGUGACAGAAACGACUUUGGCUCCCGAAUGGGAGGAGGCAUGGAUAUUCCCGUACCGAGACACUCGGUGGGUGUGGUCAUCGGGCGAAACGGAGAGAUGAUCAAGAAAAUCCAGAAUGACGCCGGCGUGAGGAUACAGUUCAAGCAAGACGACGGUACCAGUCCAGAGAAAAUCGCCCACGUCAGCGGCCCCCCAGACCGCUGCGAGCACGCCGCCCAGAUCAUCAACGAGCUGCUGCAGAGCAUCAGGGUCAGGGAGGAGGGACAAGGGGGUCCCCCAGGGCCUCCGGGCAUGCCUGCAGGCAACCGGGGCCGAGGCGGGGGACAAGGCAGUUGGGGGCCCCCCGGGGGCGAGCUGACCUUCUCUAUUCCCGCGCACAAGUGUGGACUCGUGAUCGGCCGAGGGGGAGAGAACGUCAAGUCCAUCAACCAGCAGACGGGGGCCUUUGUGGAAAUCUCUCGACAGCCGCCCCCCAACGGAGACCCCAACUUCAAGCUCUUCAUCAUUCGGGGCUCCCCGCAGCAGAUCGACCACGCCAAGCAGCUCAUCGAGGAGAAGAUUGAGGGACCUUUGUGUCACGUUGGCCCCGGCCCGGGUGGACCAGGUCCUGCUGGUCCGAUGGGUCCCUACACGCCCAACCCCUACAGCCCCGGACCGCCCGGCGCCCCCGGAGGCUCACAUGGUGGUCCUCCAGGUCCUCAGCAGUACACCCCUCCAGGGUGGAGCAACACCUUCCAGCAGUGGCAGCCCCAGGCACCCCAUGACCCCAGCAAGGCAGCAGCCAAUGACCCCAACGCAGCCUGGGCAGCCUACUACGCUCAGUACUACCAGCAGCCAUCGGGGGCUGUGGCGGCCCAGUACCCCGCCGACCCGGCUGGAAGUGCCCAAACUUCAGGGGACCAGAGCCAGCCUGCUCAGGCGCCGGGGGGCCAGCCGGACUACACCAAGGCCUGGGAGGAGUACUAUAAGAAGAUGGCCCAGGCCGGGGCCUCCGUCCCCGCGACGGCCGCUGCAGCGGCUCCGGGUGCGUCACCAGCAGCAGCAGGAGGGGGGGCAGCGUCCACGGCGGGAGGGCAGCCGGACUACAGCGCUGCCUGGGCUGAGUACUACAAGCAGCAGGCUGCGUACUACGGGCAGACGGGACAGGCCCCCGGCCAGCAGUCCACCCCCCAGCAAGGACAGGCGCAGUGAGAGCUGGCGGCGGAUGGCAGAGGCUUCGGGACACGGGACAAGGAAGACCACCUGGAGCUUGAGGGCCGGGAUCUCGCCCGUUUUCAACUUCUUGUGAGAAGACAUAAAAAAAAAAACACCGUCCACACCACCGGGAUACUUUUUAAGAGAAAUAUGAACUGAACAAAUGUUCUAGAGCUUUGCUGCUGAGGGGCGGGAGAAGGCGGAUAAUCCCUCCAUGACAGGUGCACAGCUUCUCAGCGCAUAGAUAUGUAGAUAUCUAUAUAUAUAUACAUAUGCCAUUAUGAACAUGGAAGCCUUGAAACGUGUACUUUAUUAUGGGGGUCUUGCCAACAAAGCUGUCUCAUCUUCCUUUUAUUAACUUCUUAAGACCCAUUUUUAUAGCACUUCAUACCCUUGUGUUAUAUUUACUGAAUUGCACAUAGCUAUUAGGACUAUAAUCAUAUUGUGUAUCUGGUACAGGUUAUACAUACAUCCUUUUUAAAGCUUAUUUCAUUUGCUCAAUGUUGUGACUUAAUUUUU